AUGCGCCACUCAUUCCAGAAGGAUAACCGCAUAGUCCCAUUAGGGAUUAUGCUGUUGACAUGCAUUUUCUUUGUCUAUCAUUUUGUAUUGGUUCGUGGGUCAUUGGACGGGCUCCAUAUGACAGCUGCUCCAAAUACAUUCUUUGAAUCCUCGCAGCAUGGAAAUUUGGAUUCUGAUGCUACCGCCAACCAUGCGGGUGAAGCCGUUGACGAGCCCGUUCACAAUGACAUUAUUUCCCCCGGUUCCUCCACUAAGCCGCCACUUAUAUCUUUAUCUCCAAGUCAUUCGCCGAACGGGCUAACCACCGAUGAUGUGGUUCUCAUGUUCAAAACCGGCGCUACCGUUUUGUGGAAACGUGUGCCCAUCCAUAUGGCCACUACAUUCUCGUCUCACCGCAUCAACUCCGACAACCUUCUUCUUUACUCGGACUAUCCUGAAACCAUCGGGAAAUGGGAAUUCAUUGACGUUCUUUCUAAUUCCUCCGAGCAAGUGCGAAAGUCAGCGUCCUUCCAGCUAUACCUCCAGCAAGAGGACUACGAGUCACGUCAGAACUAUGCUGAGCUCUCCAACUUGCCCGGUGACGAUAGCGGCCCUAGUGGAGGAUGGAAGCUUGACAAAUACAAAUUUCUGCCUAUGUUUCAGCACGCAGGGCGCAACAAGCCUAAUGCCAAAUGGUACAUAUUUAUGGAAGACGAUUCCUACAUCUUCCUCCCCAAUCUCCUCCGCCAUUUGGACAAAUUCAACCAUAAGGAUCCGUGGUACCUGGGAAGUCUGGCCUGGAAGCAUGGUGACUACUUCGCUCAUGGUGGCUCUGGCAUUGCGCUGUCCAGGGGCGCUUGGGAGAAGAGUUUCGGUAAAGACCCACGUAUCGUGCAGAAGUUCGAAAAGUUCACCGAGGAGCAUGGCUGCGGCGAUCAUGUCCUAGGCCAUGCGCUGCAUGAAUACGGUGUUGAGUUCGGCGAGACCACCGACGAUGAUCGAUUCCGGUAUGGGUUUAACAGCGAAGCUCACUGGAGCGCAUGGUAUGAGCGCAACAACUGGUGCAAGCCAGUGUAUAGCUGGCAUCACACCCACGGAAAAGAUGUUGCCAGAUACUACGAAAUCGAGCAGUCUUGGGACUUUGAGAAGGGCCCUUUGAGAUAUCGUGACAUCUACGAGGCGCUAAUCGCCCCGUAUCUGCAUCCCCGUGCAGAAUGGUGGGAUAACGGGGCGAGUCAGUACGAGAUCGAAUCUGGCAUGGCUGCACAUGCCGAGCCACCAAGCUCGGUCAAAUCAACUGAGACAUGGCGUAGCGCCUGGAUGUCGGUGGACGCAUGCGAGGCUGCCUGUAUAUCAUGGGCUGACUGCGUACAGUGGGCCUCCUACGAUGACCGCUGUAAGAUGGACAGCAGGAUUUCCUUGGGCAGCGGCAUUCCGGAAGGCGACUCCAGGCGACAGACCAGCCUGCCUUGGGUUAGCGGAUGGCUGCCACGUCGGCUUGAAAACUGGUCAUGCUAA